GCCACUGCCUAGGGAAUGGAAAAUUCUGUCCCACGUGCCGGAAGCCCGCAGGAGAUGACAGCCAAUUCCUCCGCCUCCUGUCGCGCGGAUCUGCUGCGCCUGUCCUCGCGAGGCUACUUCUCCGAAAUGGCUGCGAGCAGUCAAGGAAACUUUGAUGGAAAAUUUGAGGUGCUUGAUCUUGCAGAAUUGGCUAAAAAGCAACCAUGGUGGCGCAAGCUAUUUGGGCAGGAAUCUGGGCCAUCAGCUGAAAAGUAUAGUGUGGCAACCCAGCUGUUAAUUGGUGGUGUUACUGGAUGGUGCACUGGUUUCAUUUUCCAGAAGGUUGGAAAGUUGGCUGCAACAGCUGUAGGAGGUGGAUUUUUCCUCCUUCAGUUGGCUAACCAUACUGGAUACAUCAAAGUUGACUGGCAACGAGUAGAGAAGGACAUGAAAAAAGCCAAAGAGCAGUUGAAGAUUCGUAAGAACAACCAGAUACCAACUGAGGUUAAGAGCAAAGCUGAGGAGGUUGUGUCGUUUGUAAAGAAGAACGUUCUAGUGACUGGAGGAUUCUUUGGAGGCUUUCUCCUUGGCAUGGCAUCCUAAGACUACAACUUUACUUCUGUUGUUGUUUUUUAUUUGCCAGCAGCUUCUACACUCCAAUGUAGGACAAUCGAGACUCCUCUUCCUCUUCUCCUGUGCCUUCCUCCCUGUUGUGACAAAUCUGAAUAGCUUCCAUAGGCAUCCACUGGUACAAGUUAAUACAGGCCCUCCCAUGAGCUUGAUGUGAUGGAAGAAACAAUAGGUGUUAGCUCUCCUGGUACACUCCUCACCUGAUGAAUGUAUAGCUCAGCAAGAAUGUUCCUUUCCCCCUAUUUAAAAUACUGUUCCAAACUUGAUUUGGAAAAGCAGCACGUAAUUACCUUAUUAUGUGCUACAUGGAAAGGAACUGAAUACAUUUGCCUUUAAGCAUGAAAGAUUUUGGUAUCUUGGUGUGUGUUUUCUUUUUCAGUUGGUUUUAAGUUAUAGAAAGAGAUGUACGUCUACAUUCUGACCAAAUGUCAGCAUAAGUACUAUAACUAAAAAUAUUGACUAUGAAAUGUGCUAAGGGUAUAUGGAAACCAACUGCUAGAAAUAUACUGCUAGAUAGUCAGAUGAGUCAUUUAGGGGCAUUAAGAUACAGUCCAGAAAUGUUUUCCACUGUACCAAAUACUACAGCUCAUGUUUGUUUUCAAGUGAUUUAUGUGAGAGAAGGAAGAAACUGUUGGAUAUUUCUUUCAUAUAAAAGGUUUAUGCUUUGAAACAUGACGUAUCCUUCACAUUGCUAAAAUAUUGGGGGCAGCAAUAUUCCUCUGUGGUAAUUCUGUUUUUUUAAAUCCUUUUAGUAUAAAAGACAACAUUAAAGCCAGAAUUUUAAGGAGGUAUUCCAGGCAUUCAAAAUGACAAAGGCAAUGAUAGAAUGUGUGUAAUAAAUUAUUUCCAUCAAAUGCAAUACGCUGUUUCAUGAUGAUCCCUAAUCCUCAGAAUUAUUCUUUAAAACAAAAGAUUACACAUGCUUCACAUUCUGCUGUAAUGACCCAUUACCAUGCUCUCAGCUCCGACUAGAAAACCAUCUUCCAGAGGACAAGGCUUCUGUCAUCUUCAUUGUACCCAUGGAGCCUAGCACUUAAUAGAUUUUGAGCAUUUAUUGAGUAUAUUUAUUCAUGACUUUGUAUAAAAAAGAACUUCCUGUUGAAGGUUAGGUUUACCCAAAGUGAAUUCUUUUGUUUUUACUUAUUCGUUUUUUGCAAAGAAGAGUAAAAUGAAAUUAGCCUUUUAACACUGAUAUUUGUGAAGUCUUUCUUAUUUAAAAUCUAAAUUCUCAAUUUUAACAGACUCACAAAUAGUUCCAAAAUUAGUUAUGUAUA